UCUGUGGUGGCAGUUGAGGUGCAGGAGCGAGAUCAGCAAGAAGCAAGCUAGCGAGUGUGUGGCAAUAGCAAUCAACCCGGGGACCAAGCCUCUCAUAUAUCACAAGUGCCAGCCUUCAUCACACGCAGCAGCCAUGAGGGAAUACUACUCCAUGAUGUCUCGUCUGAAUGGCGUGAACGGCUUUAACGGGUGCGAGCUGAACGGCACCACUACCGGCUCGGGCUGCUGGACUAUCGGUCUCAUCAACGCCAAGGCAAAGUAUCUCACUGCAGAGACGUUUGGAUUUAAGAUAAAUGCUAAUGGAGUGUCACUUAAAAAGAAACAGCUGUGGACCUUGGAACCCGCCGAGAAAGACCUCAUUGCCUUCAAGUCUCACCUUGAUAAAUACAUCUCCGUGGACCAAUACGGUAAUGUGACUUGUGAGAGCGAAGAGAGGGAAAUGUCAUGCAUGUUCGAGGUGUCUGUGACCGACGACGAGCACGGGCGGUGGGCAUUGCGCAACGUGUCUCGAGGCUACUUCCUAGGCGCUGGCGGCGACAAGCUUAUCUGUAGUGCCAAGGUGCCUACGGACGCUGAGCUGUGGACUAUACACCUUGCUGCCAGGCCACAAGUGAACCUCAGGUCGCUAGGGCGUAAGCGAUAUGCCCACCUGAACGAGGAGGGAACGGAGAUUGAGGUAGACGCUAAUGUUCCAUGGGGAGAAGAUACACUGUUCACACUAGAAUUCAGAGACAACAAAUACGCCAUCCAUACCACUAACAAUAAGUACUUGUCUAUGGACGGUAAGCUGGUGGCAGAUUGCAGCCGGGAGUGCCUCUUCUGCCUGGAGUACCAUCAUGGCUCCUUAGCCCUUAGAGAUUACCAGGGCCAAUACCUGAGCCCCAUUGGAUCUCGCGCUGUGCUCAAGACUCGCUCCAAUACAGUUACAAAGGACGAGCUGUUCGCCCUGGAGGAUUCUCUUCCCCAGGCUUCCUUCAGCGCGCUCCUCAACGCCAGAUACGUCUCCGUCAAACAAGGUGUGGAUGUAACAGCUAACCAGGAAGAGAUAUCUGACCAUGAGAAGUUCCAGUUGGAGUAUGAUGGAGCCACAAAGCGAUGGUAUGUGCGUACCAUGCAGGACAAGUACUGGACGUUAGAGGCUGGUGGAGGUAUUCAGGCAAAUGCUACAAAGCCGACUUCCAAUGCCCUUUUCAAUUUCCAGUGGCAGCCAGAUGGCUCUGUUGCUUUCCAGGCAAAUAAUGGAAAGUACAUUGCUACAAAGAAGUCUGGUCAUUUGUUUGCCAAUGCUGAUUCACCAGAUGAUGGAAGUGCUCGUUUCUACUUCUAUUUGAUAAACAGGCCAGUGUUAGUGUUAAAGUGUGAGCAAGGCUUUGUUGGUUACAAGACUUCAAACAGUUUGAAGAUGGAAUGUAACAAAGCUAAUUAUGAAACCAUCAAAGUUGAAAGAGGAGAGCAGGGCCAAGUCUUCUUCAGAGGUCAGCAAGGUGGUUACUGGCAUGCUUGUGGUGACGGCAUCAUGGCUGAUUCAGAGGUUCCUGAAGGCUUUUUCAUUGAACUUCGGGAGGCUACACGAAUGUGUUUGAAGAAUUCUUCGGGUCAGUACAUUGUCACAGAAAAGAAUGGAGGUUUUAAACUAGGCGACACAGAGCCUUCAAAUGCCACACUCUGGGAAUUCUAAGGUGUAAUCAUCUCUAAUGGUAGAGUUGGGGUUAACCCCAUUCUUGUCUUGCUGUGUUUCAAUACUGUAAAGUGUGAAUCGGUUAUCAGCAACAAUUUUAACUGUAAUAAGUAAGGUUGUAGGUUAGAUAGACACUGAAACAGCCAAAUUGGAAAUGCCCCAUCCACUAAUAUUAGGAAUAUUGCAGUGUCCUGAAUGGUAUCGCUCACUAGUUAGUAACAUGAAUUUUUUUUUCUUAAAUUCAUUGUGUAUGAGUGUUCCUCUAUUCUGAUCUGCCCCAUUAAUAAGAUUUAAAAUGGUUUUAAAGUACUACCAUGAACUGUUUUGAUCACUUGAAUGUUAAAAGAAAAGUAUUUUUUACAGUCCAUAUUAGGUAGUUAGUCAUAUCUGAGUGUUUCACGUAGUGCACGGUUAUAAUAAAGGGAAUACUCAGAUUAAAUGUAUACCCCAAGGCAAAACCCUUUUAUACAACCUUUAAGUUAUUAGAUUGAUAUACGUUUAAAGAUAUAAACUUUUUUGAUGACUGCGCACAACCAAAGUUUUUAAUCUAUCAGUUUUGUACAAUUAACUCUGCUGAUAAGGUGAUGUUCUAUGUAGAUACGAUUAAUAUUGCUUCCACAUGUCUAGGCUAAGUCAGAUAUCUUGUACUUAAUUAUACUUUUUUACAAUUUCUACAUGUGACUUGUCAACCCAUUGAUUGGGAGAAGUGUGCUAGAUAUAAAUUACAGGUAUAUAGCUAUUGAUUUAAAUAUUAGUGCAGAUUUUAUGGUUUUAUAAAAUGUGUAUAGUUCCACUUCAACAUUAUGCACAAGAUUGUCCAGUCAGCAACUUGAAGUAGCUUGCUUAGUCAUUGGCUGCUGGUAUAUUUUUGGUCAAAUCAGUAAAAACAGGUGGGUCUUGAAUUAAACAUUUUAAUGGUGAAAACUGGAUUGAACAUUAUGAAAACAGUGAUAGUGUGCACACCUGCCUGGUAUGUUGUAACACAUUUUGGGUUUUAGUUUUGCUUUUCAUAUUUGGCACAAUGCACAAGCUCACCUGUUAUUUUCUUGCUUCUUAAGCUGUGUUAAUCACACUAUUGAAGGAUCAAAGGUCACUGCUUAGAAAUACAUGGGACCUUUGAAAUAUUCUAAGUUAACUUCUUGCUUUGAAGUUCCUUUCUAUAUGUAAGCUCAAAACAUCAGUGAUGUUACAAUAUAAUAUCUGUUGCA